CGUUUAUUUUCAUGCGUGACGUCAUGGGCGCUGUCAGUGUUCAGCUAAUCAGGUUCCACUUUGGCGGUGCGUGGCGCUGGCCAACGACGUCGCCAUGGAGUGCUGGUUGGCGAGCCAUGAACUUCAAUAACUUAAGACAUUAUUUUGCAAAGUAUACCAUCAGCCAUGCCUGUGAUUUCACAGCUGCUCAGGGGUUUGCCCCGGGCGACGGUCUUGUCCUCCACUCUGGUACCAUGCCAACAUCACCGAACCUGUUUGGGGUCUGCGACCACUCAGCAACCUCCCUCAAGGCGCCAGUCCCACAAGUGUCACACUCCAUCAAGAUGUUACCAGACCGCCUCAGCACUCCACAGCUACAUCCUCACUCCACCGCAGGUCAACUCCAUCCUCAAAGCCAAUGAAUACAGCUUCAAGGUGCCUGAGUUUGAUGGCAAAAACUUGUCAUCGGUGAUGGGCUUUGAGAGUAAUCAGCUGCCAGCAAACGCUCCGAUAGAAGAUCGCCGCAGUGCUGCGUCAUGUCUGCAGACAAGAGGAAUGCUGCUGGGUGUGUUUGAUGGCCACGCUGGAUGUGCUUGUGCACAGGCGCUCAGCGAGAGGCUCUUCUACUACAUCGCAGUGUCACUGCUGCCCCAUGACACCCUGUGUGAGUUGGAGGCUGCCGUGGAGGCUGGCAGGGCCCUCAGUCCCAUCCUCCAGUGGCACAAACACCCUAACGACUACUUUAGUAGGGAGGCUCAGACGCUGUACUUUAACAGCCUGCGGACCUACUGGCAGGAGUUGAUUGAUCUUACUAGCCCAGGUGACGUCCCUGAAACCAGUGAGGCUUUGAUGAAUGCCUUCAAGAGACUGGACAAUGACAUAUCCUUGGAGGCUCAGGUUGGCGACCCGAACGCUUUCCUGCACUACUGGGUUCUCAGAGUGGCCUUCUCUGGAGCGACUGCAUGUGUGGCUCACAUUGAUGGACAGGACCUGUAUAUUGCCAACUCUGGUGACGCUCGGGCGGUGUUAGGAGUGCAGGAGGAGGAUGGCUCGUUCAGUGCACACACGCUUUCCAAUGACCACUGCGCCCAGAACGAGGACGAGAUGGCUCGGAUACGAGGAGAACAUCCUUCAUCUGAGAGGAAGACUGUCAUACGACAGGACCGCUUGCUGGGCCUCCUCAUGCCGUUCCGCGCUUUCGGCGAUGUCAAGUUCAAGUGGAGCAUCGAGCUGCAGAAGCGAGUGCUGGAAUCUGGGCCCGAUCAGCUGCAUGAAAACGAGCACACCAAGUUCAUACCGCCGAACUACCACACUCCUCCGUACCUGACAGCUGAGCCGGAGAUCACCUAUCACAAGCUGAGGUCACAGGAUAGAUUCCUGGUGAUCGGGUCUGACGGCCUCUGGGAGACGCUCCACAGACAGGAAGUGAUCCGCAUUGUGGGAGAGUACCUGACAGGCGUGCACCAGCAUCAGCCGCUCACAGUCGGGGGCUACAGGGUUACCCUCGGACAGAUGCAGGGCCUGCUGGAGGAGCGUAAAGCCCGCGCAUCGUCCGCUUUCGAGGACCAGAACUCGGCGACACACCUGAUGCGUCAUGCCGUGGGCAACAAUGAGUUUGGCACGGUGGACCAUGAAAGGCUAUCUAAGAUGCUGUCGCUGCCCGAGGAGCUGGCCCGCAUGUACCGUGAUGACAUCACCAUUAUCAUCUCACAGUUCAACCCGCACGUGAUCGGAACGCAGCGCUGAGUAAACACACACACACACACACACACACACACACUUAACUGAAGGUCGAGUGGUUGUGUGGAUCAACUUUUUAAUAUUUUUUUCAAAUAUUUAUGAAGACAGACAAGUUGCAUACAUCAUGUUACCUUACUGUAUUUAUGCAGUUAACACUUUGACGCUGUUACAAACGUAUCUUCUGCCAAAAGAUCCUUCAAAGUUCCCAAGAGUGUCAGGUGGAAAUCCCACCAACUUCAGGUUUGGCAUGAUGUAGGAAAAAAAAGAAAGAAAAAAAAAACCCGCUGAAUUAUGUUUGCACAAAAAUAUAAUUUUAUUGAAGGAAUGUGGCUUGGCUAGUUUACUGCUCAGCUUGUAAGCUUUUAAUGUUGUUUUCAUUGCAAAUAAUAAAAAAUGGCCAGAUUUACAUGAUAUUUUAUCGCUGGCCAUCUUUCUUUGUUUAUUUGCAAUAUAUUAGUAUAUAUAUUUAAAUAUUUAUCGACUGUAAGGGAUGCUAUUCUUAGCUUUAGCAUAUUCUAUACCAGUGAUUUCCAACCACUGUGCCGCAGCACAUUAGUAAGUCGCAAUAGGUGGGCAAUGAGAAAUUAUCUCAUUAACUUAAUUGCUCUGAAAAUUAUUAUUUACCACAAAUGAUAUCUUUGUUCAUCAGAACAAUUGAAUGUUCUUCCAUUAGAUGGAAGAAGGUACAUACUGUAAUUGGUAGAAGUGGGAAUCUCUGGAAUCUCGAAAUUCAUUUGAAUUCGAUAUUGGGGUGACGAUUUAAUUCAGAAUCGAUUCUGGAUUCAACACGAUUCUCGUAAUGUAUUAUUUGGUAUAUCUAUUAUUGUAAAACAUUCUCAAAACAGGUCACAAAGGUUCCUAUUGGCUGCUGACGUACAACUUAUACACGCAGCCUAAAAAAAACGUAAUUUUAAAAACAUAGUUUUUAAAACUAUUCACAGAAAUCCGAGAAUGUUAUUCAAUCUAAUACAAUAAAAUAGAGCAACUUCAAUCCAAUCCCAGCAACUAGGGGUGUAACGGUACACAAAAAUUUCGGUUCGGUACGUACCUCCGUUCAGAGGUCACGGUUCGGUUCAUUUUCGGUACAGUAAGAAAACAAAAAAAUAUAAAUUUUUUGAUUAUUUAUUCAACAAAUUUGCUAAAUCUUCCUCCAAAAAUAUUUUUCUCAGCGGAAUAUUUGAUGUGAAGUAAUCGGAAACUUGGAUAUGUCAAUAAUUCAUAAUAACAUUGAUUUUGAUUCAAUAUUAUGUUUUGAGCAAUGACAGUUUGAAAGAAAAAAAACUGCUUUGUUUUAUUAGUCAAAGUUGCAACUUUUUGUAAAUUACAUUUAGCCUUUAAGCUUUUUUAUUUCACUUUUGUUUAUGUUUUUGUUUAUUUUAAUAGUAUUUUUAGAAUGUGCAGCGGGGCUUUAAAACAUUAGCUGUGGGCACACUUUUGACACCUUUUAGAUAAUAAAAAAUUAAAUCUGAUAAAUCAAUGGAUAAAAAGCAAAGCCUGGCGACGCAUGCGCGUUUAUCAUAACUCUCUCGCUCUCGGUCUCCACCCCUCCCUCACGAAUGCUGCUGCAUGCACCACUUUUUUUUUUUUUAACCCCUUCUCAACCCUGAACGUACAUUGAAAAUACAAAAAUGCCGGACAUUCGACGCAUUUAAGAAACUCCACCUGGACAGCUCCGCAAAGAGGACAUAUCCCGUGAAAAGAGGAGGUUAUGGUCAGUCUAUCAUAGCCCGAUGCUAGCAUGCCGUGUGUUUUUUUUUUUUUGAUUGAAACUUUUAUUAGAUUUUUUUUUUUGAUUGAUUGAAACUUUUAUUAGUAGAUUGCACAGUACAGUACAUAUUCCGUUGAAUUGACCACUAAAUGGUAACACCCGAAUAAGUUUUUCAACUUGUUUAAGUCGGGGUCCACGUACAGUAAAUCAAUUCAUAGUGCCUCGGUGUGCAUUGUUUACACAACGUUCGGAGCGCUACUUACUAUGUCCGUGUCGUUCGGUACACCUCCGAAUCGAACCGAAACCGCCGAACCGAAAUGGUUCAAUACAAAUACACGUACCGUUACACCCCUACCAGCAACAUUAUCAAUAAUAAUAAUAAUAAUAAUAAUGGCAAUACUUUUUAAAAUGUUUUUAAUCCAAAAAUAGAUUCUUGAAAAAUAACUCCGCUUUUCGAAAAUUAUGUAUCAAUUUAGAAUCUAAAUUAAUAAAAGUCGCGAUUUGGAUGUGAAUGUUUUGUUUUUUUGGCGCACCCCUAAUUAGUAAUCUGGUUAAUCACCUUUUGCAAAAUGUGUGCCUUGGCUCAACAAAGGUUUGGAAACACUGCACUAGAAUACAUGUUAGUCAUUUCUUAUCAUUUGUAUUAUUGUUAUUGUUAUUAUUGCUAUUAUUGUUUAUUUCUACAUGACUCAUACAGCAGUGUUUUUGCUGCACUUCAACUCCAGUCAAAUAAUCUCUAUGUAUGCUUGGAUAUUUAUUCAUGUUACAUGCUUUUAUUUUAUAUACGGUGGAUGUAUAAACACUUAUGAAAACUGGGCUCUUAUUUUGUAUAUGGAAAGAUUAAUAAACGUACAUAACCAAAAAUCUGAUGUCAUAAAGCAUUAAAUCUUAAA